AUGUCAUCGCACUCGCCCGCCUCCGUGUCCUGCAAUCCUUCCACUGCUUCUCCUCCUUCAGCGCCGUCUUCAGCAGCAGCUACUGCUGCUCCCACCAGUCAGCCCAGUACCAGUCUUGCCAGUACCACCACCACCACCAUCCCACCUAGCAGCAACCAACCUACGCCUACAACUGCGACUGCGACUACAUCAGCAGCCUCCUCUGCCCCUCCACCUGCUGCUGCACCUCGUGUUCCAGCCGCCGCUCCGAUUGCAAUCCAGACCCAGACCCAGACCUGCAACCGGACAGCGCGGUCCCCGUCAGCAAAUGCAACUCCCCUAGAUCUUUCUCCCUCACCUUCCACCACCUCUUUGAACGCUUCCUCUGCCUACAGUACCUCGUCGCCCACUCCCAUUGAAUCUCUGCGUCGCUACCCUACAGAUUUCUCAACCCCAAUUCCUGAAGAGUGCGACGAAGAGACGGGCAGCGAAUCUUACCCGAACGAGCCUGUUACACCGGUCAGCGGCCGACAAUCGCGGGAGUUCCGCUUCUGCGAUACCCACGACAUCUAUAAGCACCGCGACUCGGAUUCUAAUGGUCUCGCCGCUUCGUACCCGAAUUCAAACUCAGGUAUUCCAGAGCUUUCCGAUGUCCCUGUGAGCCCUACAAAUAAAGAGGUUCCGAACCAGUCUCUUUCACUAGCUCCUACCCCUCCACCAACGGAUGCACUGCGAACAUCGCCGCCUCCGUCGUCUCCUGCACCUGUUGUCUCAGCGAAACCCAAUGCACCCGUAGACAAAUCCGUCACGACACAACCCAGACAGCCCACUCCCAAGAUCGAGCGGCGACCGUCAGCGCCACCGCAGCGUCCUCUUUCAAGACGUUCGUCGUCCUUCCACAGAACCAUGUCGGCAUUUUUUAAACGCAGCAGUUCCCACGUGGUGGAGAAUGGUGCAAAUGGUACAAAUGGAGGCAAUGGUGCAACCAUGGAGUUUAAGAAGCCCAAUUAUGAUUCAGGUACCUCCGAAACCACACUCGCAUCUGCCAAUAAGACGACACCCUCCACCCCGGGCCACCGCCGCUUUACCUUCCGAGGGUCGGUUGAUGCAACGGGAAACAACACGCCCCCGUCCCCCGGUUCUCCUCUUGAAAUGGCCGGACCCUCCAAGGACAAGACGAAUGGCACUACCAUGCCCUCUUCGAGCGACUUCUUCGAUAACAACACCAAGAAGAACAGGGCAAGCACAGGCUUUGCCUUGCGCCAAAAGGUCAACUUCGUGUCCAAUAAGAACAACCCACGUCGGACAAGGAGCGUAGAGCGGAACAAGAAGCCCGAGACUGACAUUCUGGAGCGACAGCCAUGGGCGAUUCCGCCGGAUGCAGGGACCGGUAUGAAGGCCCGGCGUCUGAGCUUGAGUCUGCCAGAUGACUUCACUGUGGACGUGGCCGAGCUGCUCAAAGAAUACGAAUACCAACACAAGCUACUUGGCCGCCAUGGCAAGCACCUGGGCAAGGGUGCCACCUCCAAGGUGACAUUGAUGGUUCGGAAAGGCAGCCCUGGCGAACUCUAUGCUGUCAAAGAAUUCCGAUCCAAGAGUUCAUCAGAGACGACCGACGAGUAUCAGAAGAAGAUCAAGUCGGAAUACAGCAUCGCCAAGAGUCUGCAUCACCCCAACAUCGUCGAGACGAUUCGGUUAUGUACUAAUCAUGGCCGCUGGAAUCACGUGAUGGAGUAUUGCUCCGAGGGCGACCUCUUCAGCCUGGUCUCGAAGAAGUACUUGAAAACAGAAGGCCGCGAGGCCGAUCGACUUUGCUUGUUCAAGCAGCUCUGCCAGGGGAUCAACUACCUGCACUUACACGGAAUUGCGCAUCGCGAUAUCAAGUUGGAGAAUCUGCUCAUCACCAAAGACAGCAAGCUGAAGAUAACAGACUUUGGCGUUUCUGAGGUGUUCUCGGGCAUUCACCCUGGUCUACGAGAGGCCGGCGGCCAAUGCGGUAUUGGCAUGGGUGCCAUCCGUCUUUGCAAGCCGGGCAUCUGCGGCAGUCUGCCAUACAUUGCGCCCGAGGUUAUCAGCAAGAAAAUCGAAUACGAUCCGCGAGCCUUGGAUGUGUGGAGUUCGGCAAUUGUCAUGAUCUACCUCAUCUUCGGCGGGAAUCUUUGGGAGAAGGCCGAGCCGGGGGCCCAGCUAUACUACAACGAAAUAGCGUCGGGAUGGGGGAAAUUGGACGCCAAAAGGGCCGCCAAGCCAGACGAGGUUGCCAAGGACGCCUAUCCCAAAUCCACACCGUUCGAAGCUGUCGUCAAGCCCGUUGCGUUGCGGCGGUUACUGCUGAACAUGCUGCAUCCCGAUCCGACUCACCGGAUCACGAUGAACGAUGUGGUUACACAUAGGUGGAUGAAGACUGUGGCGUGCUGCCAAUUGGAGAGCUACGAAGAUCCGACCAAGGUCAUCGACGUGUCCAAAAAGGACUGUAUGAAUGGCAGUACCGGCAAGAUCUAUUGCCACAACCACCUGCCUCCACUCGCCGCCAAAAAUGGGCUUCCGCCAAUGCCUGGUAAGCCAGGUUACUAA